UAUACAUAUAUGUGUGGUUCUUGCUUUCAUUGUAAAUCGGAAAAAUAAAAAAUCUCAAAGACAAAACCCACUUAAUCGACUUGGAAAGUAGAAACAUGAUAUGAUAUGAACUCAAAGCAACUCUCCUUCAACACCUUCUUUCCACAUUCUCACUUCACAUUUUCUACAUCAACCUCCGUUCAGGAGUACUCGAAACCCCAUAUUCUCAAGAAAUGCAUUGCUCUCUUGCUAACCUGCGCCUCCUCCAAAUUCAAACUUAAGCAGAUCCAUGCAUUCUCUGUUAGACAUGGUGUUCCUCUCUCCAGCCCAGACAUGGGCAAACACCUCAUCUUCAUCAUUGUGUCCCUUUCAGGACCCAUGUCCUAUGCUCACCAAAUCUUUUCCCAAAUCCAAGACCCUAAUAUAUUCACUUGGAACACCAUGAUUAGGGGUUAUGCUGAGAGUGAAAGCCCAAGGCCAGCCAUCGACAUUUACAAGAAAAUGCAUGUAUCUUCUAUUGAGCCUGACACACACACAUACCCUUUUCUUCUGAAAGCCAUUGCCAAGUUGUUGGCUGUUCGGGAGGGUGAGAAAGUACAUUCAAUUGCUAUAAGAAAUGGGUAUGAGUCACUAGUCUUUGUUCAGAACACCUUGGUUCAUAUGUAUGCUGCAUGUGGGCAAGCUGAAAGUGCACACAAGUUGUUUGAGUUAAUGCCUGAAAAGAAUCUUGUGACUUGGAAUUCUGUAAUUAAUGGGUUUGCACUCAAUGGAAGGCCUAAUGAGGCAUUGACCCUUUAUAGGGAAAUGGGUUUGGAGGAUGUUGAACCAGAUGGGUUUACCAUGGUUAGUUUGCUCUCUGCUUGUGUUGAGCUUGGGGCUUUGGCAUUGGGUAGGAGGGCCCAUGUGUACAUGUUGAAGGUUGGAUUGAGUGAAAAUUUGCAUGCUGCAAAUGCCCUUUUGGAUUUCUAUGCAAAGUGUGGGAGCAUUAGGGAGGCACAAAAGGUUUUUGAUGAGAUGGGGGAAAAGAGUGUGGUGUCUUGGACUUCUUUGAUUGUUGGGUUGGCUGUUAAUGGAUUUGGUAACGAAGCGCUUAAGCUUUUCAAGCGGAUGGAGAAACUGGGAUUGGUGCCUACUGAGAUCACUUUUGUUGGGGUAUUGUAUGCUUGUAGUCAUUGCGGCAUGGUGGAUGAAGGGUUUGCUUACUUUAAGAGGAUGAAAGAGGAAUUUGGCAUUGUGCCCAAGAUAGAACAUUAUGGUUGCAUGGUGGAUUUGUUGGGUAGGGCAGGUUUAGUGAAGAAGGCAUUUGAAUUUGUUCAAAGCAUGCCAUUACGGCCUAAUGCUGUCGUUUGGAGGACCUUAUUAGGAGCAUGCACUAUACAUGGGCAUUUGGCUUUAGGGGAGGUUGCAAGAGCUCAACUUCUACAAUUAGAGCCCAAACAUAGUGGGGAUUACGUGCUCCUUUCCAACCUCUAUGCGUCAGAGCAGCGUUGGUCGGAGGUGCAAAAGGUGAGGAGGACAAUGUUGAGGGAAGGUGUGAAGAAAACUCCAGGGUAUAGCCUUGUUGAGUUGGGCAACUGUGUCCAUGAAUUUGUAAUGGGAGAUAGAUCUCAUUUCCAAAGUGAGGAAAUAUAUGCAAUGCUAGCGGAGAUGACAAAGUUGUUGAAAUUGGAAGGGUACAUGCCUCAUACAUCUAAUGUUCUUGCGGACAUAGAGGAAGAGGAGAAGGAGACUGCUUUGUCUUAUCAUAGUGAGAAGAUUGCAAUUGCAUUCAUGCUCAUUAAUACGCCACCAGGGACCCCAAUUCGAGUUGUGAAAAACUUGAGGGUGUGUGCAGAUUGCCACUUCGCAAUAAAACUCAUAUCGAAAGUUUUUGUUAGAGAGAUUGUUGUGAGGGAUCGAAGUCGAUUUCAUCAUUUUAAAGAAGGAUCUUGUUCCUGUAGGGAUUAUUGGAAUUCAGGCUUGCAUGAAAGCCAUGGAACCUGUUGAUGAGGAGCAAUAUACAACUGGUGUUUGCAUUCAUGGGAUCAGGCUUUCCACAUUUAAAUAGCAGGAGCUUAAGUUCCAAAAAGUGGGAGAAAAAAAUUUGUUAGCGGGGCGGGCAAGGGGGCAUAGUAUUUCCCAACGGGGCGGGGCUGGACAUGAAAAUCCAACCCGUCACAGGUCUCGGGGUGGACAUAGACUUGACAAAAAUUAAAAGGGGCGAGGCGGGAUUUAGGAAAACCCGCUCCAAACCCGCCCCGUUGCCAUCCCUACUUGAAUCAGGUUGUGUUGUGUUAAAUCCUAGAUUCAGGUAUCCAAUUCUCUCUCUAUUUCGUUCAUUAAAUUGAUUUUCAUCAUUUUAUGUACUCAUGAUAUGUUUUAGAGUUCUCAUUGAUUAUGAUAUUAAAAAAAAAAAAAAAAAAAAAAAAAAAAAAAAAAAAAAAAAAAAAAAUCAUUACUUUGUUUUAGAAGUAAUAUUUAAACACAUUAAAAUUAUCUAAACACAAUAUUUUGAAGACUCGGUAGAAGAGCCUGCAUGGUUGGCCAUGAAAUACCCCCAGACCACACUUGCUUAAUUCUAAAGCCUUACCCACGAUCUUUCUCCAAACUAUUGGCUGCUUUGGCCAUUGCACUACCGAUCCUCCUGUGAUUAUGCCUCCUAUUAAGGAACGAGCUCCCGGACCUACGAAGCCUAAACCCAAACGAUUCCGAUCCAAUUACCAGAGGUCAUUCCUAAUCGACCACUGCUUUGAAAUCAUCGUGUGUGUGUGUGUAUAUAUAUAUAUUCCCAUUACUUUGUUCCAUAUUUGAUAUUUAAAGUUUAGUUCGAAAUUUCCAUUUUUAACAGAAGUCAGUUGCAUAUUUCUUCCUAUUUUAAUAUUUUAACACACUCAACUCCUCUUUUCAAUUCCUUAUAUCCAAAACACUUAAUUCUUGACUCAUAAUUCAACACACUCAAUUUUUUUUUUUUUUUCCAAGAAAAAUAUUAUUACCAAAACACCACAAUUACAAAGCAGGGAGUGGCAAAACCCUCAGGAAAACCUAUAUACACCCAUUCUCAAAAAUCAACAAGCUAAAGUAAACACUCACGGGAACCUGGGCAAGGUGGGGGAUCUUUUAUUGUCAGGAGGAAGAGCAUUUCAGCACUCAUGGGGACCUGGGCAAAGAGGUGGAUCUUUUUUGCGAGGAUGAGCAUUUGGUACGCCCUUUGGCUCAGGAAGAAGAGGUUUAAAAGGAACCAUUUCAGCUUGCUUUAUUUUCUCGUCCGUGAAUCCGUUUUGUCCAUACACAUGAAGAAAUAAGAGAGGAAGAGCAAACAGAAGAAAGAUGACCCUGGAGAAGACUGCCAUGAAGAUUAAUCCUUUCUUAGAGGUUCUUGUCAAAACCACCCUCUUUUUUUUUUCCCUCCCUCUUUUAUCUCUAUUUAUACUUGCAAUAAGGCGCUUACUGGGUCGGAUAACAAUGCCAAAAUAAAGAAAAUACUCCUAAAUUAAUGUAAGUUGUCCAAAAUACAUGCCUGAAUAAUUGCAUGUACAUAGGAUUGUGCAUGGUUGAGUGCUUCCAGGGACUGGAAACAAUUUAAUUUCCAUGUAGGUGAAGGAUUAUUACAGCAUUGUUAAUGAGAGGCUAGCCAAUUCGUUCAGCUUAUCAUUUUCCUUUGUAAAUAGAAAUAAAUAUCGAAAACAAAACCGAAUGAAAUUUCAGUUGCUUGAUGAAUAAAUGUGAGAUUUAUGUGGGUCUCAUAAUGCAUCAAAUAGCUAAAUAUGUUUUUGUCUCUUUUUUGUUGCUUCUCUGAACAUUUAUAUGAAUAACGACUAGAAGAGUGUUGAUAUCCAGAACGACUAGUUUGAACGAAAUGGUGAGUUGAAAGCUUUCCAUCGUGGUUUGCUGAUUUGGUUCGCAACAAUUUUUUACCUUCUGAUACCGAGACUCACUCUGUACUUGUGGGUCUCAAAAUGUUAGGAUAAUGGUGCCUUAAAUUUUAUUAUAAUUAAGUAUUUAUUUUAGAAUCGUAUUUUAUGGUGUAAUUUUAUGAAAACUCUUGGCCUCGAGGGAGUUGGGUUUGGGCUCAUGA